UUUUUUUUUGUUUGUUCUUCCUCCUUCAAUGUCGUUGAACACAUCGGACGAUACUUGAAUCUCACUCUUUCUUCUCUUUAUUCGUUUCUCCGAUUUAGCCUCUAUCAUCUUACCUCUUCUCACUUGUUUGAAAAUUUCGAUCCCGAGGUCGAGGAGGGAUAUAAUCUCCGAUUUCUCAGAGGAUUUUUCUUUUAACUGUGACUGGAAAUUUCAUAAGUAGUUUGACGUGAUUUCAAUUCGUGGGUAAAAUACGAUGAGAGCUUCGAUUGAGAGGUUAAGGAAAUUAACAUCGCAUAAGGUCGAUGCGAAGGAAAAAGGAGAGCUCGUGGCUACGGCACAAAUUGACGAACUCGCUCGAGCCGGGAAGGAUAUGCAAGACAUGAGAAAAUGCUACGAUACACUACUCGCUGCAGCUGCUGCCACUGCAAAUAGCGCUUUUGAGUUCUCUGAGUCAUUGGGAGAGAUGGGUUCUUGUUUGGAGCAAAUCGCUCCUCAUAACGACGAAGAAAGUAGUAGAAUCUUGUUUAUGUUGAGUAAAGUUCAGUUUGAGCUCCAAAGACUUCUUGACACAUAUCGUAGUCAUGUAAUGAAGACGAUUACGUCCCCAACAGAGUCGCUUCUCAAGGACCUCAGCACCGUUGAGGAUAUGAAGCAACAAUGCGACGAGAAGAGAAAUGUUUUUGAGAUGGCGCUUGUGAAAGAUAAAGGAAGGGCUAAAAGCAGUAAAGGAGAGAGACAUAUUCCUCCCGAGUCUCGACCUGCUUACAAUGAGUUUCAUGACGAAGCAACGAUGUACAUUUUCCGGUUAAAAUCUCUUAAAGAAGGACAAGCUCGUAGUCUCCUCACACAAGCAGUGCGUCACCACACUGCUCAGAUGCGUCUGUUUUACACUGGAAUGAAAUCGCUUGAGGCAGUAGAGCAUCACGUACGAGUUUCUGCAGAGAAUCAACACAUUGACUGUGAUCUCUCUGUUCAUGAGAACGAAGUGGAAGCUAGUGAGGAUGAUAGUGAUGGCCAAUAUAACAGAGAAGGAGAACCCAGUUUUGCUUACAGAGAAAAUGAACAGAGGGUCGAAGCUGCUUCUCUCUCUACACCAUGGGGCUCAAUGAAGAUGGACGAUUCAGACCUCUCGUUUCCUCGUCUUUCUGCUACAAGAGCAGCAGCUGUAAAUGCUGAUCACAGAGAAGAGUACCCGAUUUCAACCCGCGAGCACAGAAUGACCAGCCAUUCAGCUCCGUUGUUCCCGGAAAAGAAACCCGAUUUAUCAGAAAGGCUGAGACAGACGAAUCCAUCUUCCAAUGCUUACGUAUUACCAACACCAAACGAUUCAAGGUACUCAAAACCAGCUUCCCAAGCUUUAAACCCGAGGCCAUCAAACUCCAGCGCCGGAAAUAUAUGGCACUCGUCUCCUUUAGAACCAAUAAAAAGCGGAGAAAACAACAGCCUCUACGUCCGCCUUCCUCGCCCUUCUACAACAGACACACUUCAUCAUCAACAACAGCAAGCAGCAGUGAGACAUGCAUUUUCCGGUCCGCUCAAACCGUCCUCAACGAAACCGGUCACAACCACCGACAUUUCCUCAGGCGCGUUUCGUCCUUUGCCAACUCCUCCUGUACCCCAACCUCAUCUUCAUUCAUCAUCUUCUCCGAGAGUCUCCCCUACCGCUUCACCUCCUCCUGCUUCUUCUUCUUCCCCGAGGCUCAACGAGCUUCACGAGCUUCCAAGACCACCGGGCCACUUUGCACCACCGCCAAGACGAGCCAAAUCCCCCGGUCUGGUUGGUCACUCGGCGCCUCUAACCGGAUGGAAUCAAGAAAGAAACAACACUACUCUUCCUGUUGCUCCUCCUUCCACCACCAACAUCGUGGCCUCGCCUCUUCCGGUUCCUCCACUCGGCGCCUAUAACCGAAGCUUCUCUAUGCCUUCACGAAACCACAGAGCCGUUGCUCAACGAUUGGUCGAAAGGAACGAAGAUAGAGUAGCGUCCCCACCGUUAACACCAAUGAGCCUGUCUCGACCGCUUGAGUCGAGGGGAGUUGCUCAAACCAGUCAAAUCAGAGGUUAUUAAUCAAUGCAGGAGUAGGAAAGCUGAUCGAACGAUGAAAGCUGCCGCGUCGCGUUUGAGCAAAACGCUGGUUGUAGAGAAUCAGAUUUCUCCAUAAGUGAAUAUAUCGUAGUCAGUAUAUGUAUAAUUCUUUAGUUAAAUUCGUAUUCUUUUUGUUUUUUUCCAUUGUAAAUCUGAAGCUUCUGUUCUUUA